AUAUGUCAUUUUAAUACGAAAUAAACGCCGAUGUUAUAAUUUUUAUAUUUAUAUUAUACUAUUAUAUUACAUUAUAUAUUACGUAUAUUUAUAUAUUUAUAUUUAUAUUAUACAAUGUUAUUUUUGAAUGAAGUGAUCAAAAUAUAAAAUAGACCCACAGGACUCGACCUUUAAUUUUUCAAUGUUGUUGUUAGAAUUCUGUCUCAUUAAAUCCGUUUAUUUGAGGCACCCUAGAAAAAAUUAAAUUGACAGUUUUAUUUUGUGUUUUAUAAUUGUUUACCAAUAGUUUGAUGUUUCUUUUUACCAAAAUUAAUGGUAUAAUGAAUUAUCUGCAAACGUUUUGGACAGUUGCCAUCACGAAUUAUUGUUCCUUCUCUUGACAUUUCACACUUGACUGAGCAGGUAAUGGAUACAAGGGUUCCGAUUAACAGUAGGGCGCCGCCAUCUUGGACUCAUGCAUAUUCAUUACAAAUAGCUUUUGUGCCAAUUCAGUCUAUUUUGAAAUACAAGUUAUUAACAGGAGCCCACAAGGAACAAUCAUUCGAAUACAGCAUAACCCGUGCAUUGAAUAUUCGAUACAGUGCUGUAGAAUAGAGCUUAAAAUAAAAAAUAUGCAUUAUCUAAAAAUAGACUCCCGCAAAAUAAUCAUGUUAUGAUGUAGUCGCUGGUCACGAGAUGUUUUAUAACUUCAAUUUUGCGUUUCGUAAAUGCAUAUGAGUAAUUAUUGUUGUGUAUGUAUAUGCAGGUUCUCACGUUUAAUAAUCACAUAACAAAACAGUUUCUAAAGAUUUUAAUAUUGCGGUCAAAUGAACAUAAAGUCAUCAAACAAAUUUUUAUCACUGUCAUAUUAAACGUCUGUAUACAAUAACAUGAUGCUAAAACAGAUUUUCUUAAAAGAGUGUAAUAUUGCCUACGCGCUAGAAGGAACCUUUUGCUAUGCUAAAAUCUUGUACAGCUAUUAAAGGAUAGAUAGGUAAUGCGUCACGCGCACCUGUUGCAUCGCUUCCGACUAUGUAAACGUUUUUCGGCUAGCUGAUGAUGUCUAGCACAGAAAAUAAUGUCCCAUCGUUUGGAGCGGACAUAAGAAAGGAAUUUAUGUUACGUGAGAACAGCGUGUUCCUGAACCAUGGCUCCUAUGGGAGUAUGCCAAGAUGUGUACAUGAGAGACAAGUCAGAUAUUUAGCAGAGUUAGAGUCUCACCCUGACACCUGGUUUCGGUAUAACAUGUACACAUAUCUUCGCAAUUCCAAGGACAAGGCGGCAGAUUUCAUGGGUAUAGAUAGCGAAGACACGUUUUUCCUACAAAAUGUUACGAAAGCAAUCAAUACAGUGAUGAAAACUUUCCCCCUGAGAUUUGGAGACGCGUACCUGAUUACGUCUUUAACGUAUGGUGCUGUGAAAGUGACGUCACACUCAACUGUUGCCAGAGUGGAAGGUGCAAAGAUAUACGAGAUGGACAUCAAAUUCCCAAUCACUGGUGACGAUUCAGUCGUAGAAAUGUAUGAAGACUUCUUGGUAAAACACUCUGAUGUUAAACUUGCUGUAAUAGAUCAUAUAACAAGCCCAACUUCUGUCCUGUUACCCGUCAAGCGUAUCGUAGAGGUGUGCCACAGACACGGUGUUGUUGUUGUCGUAGACGCCGCUCAUGUUCCUGGUCAGCUUAAAGUAGAUAUACAAGAUAUUGAUGCCGACUUUUAUACCGGUAAUUUACACAAAUGGGUAUUUUGUCCACGAUCUUGUGCUUUCAUUUGGAUGAACCCAAAACGCCAUCAUGCCUGGUUCAAGCCCCUUGUUACAUCUGCCUACGACAACGAUGCAUUACACGAUGCUUUUGCAUAUGAAGGCACUAAAGAUGAUACACCCUAUAUAUGUUCUGCUGACGGAAUUGACUUCUACAAUCGUAUUGGUGGAAUGGAAAAAAUCGUUCAGUACAACUCGACACUACUUAGCAAAGGUGUCUCAUACCUAGAAGAAAAGUGGGGAACUAAGUGUCUCGAAAUACCAGAGUGCAUGGAGGCACCGUGUCUACGUAUAAUACACCUACCAUUCGUACCAGGAUUUUCAGACUGUUUGGGACAAGCAGCUACUGAUGUGUUUAAAGGCAAGAAGAAUUUGGAGCUUCAGAAACUGAUCUUGGAUCGAUUUGAUGUUCAGAUUGCGGUUGUGAUCGUAGAAGGUAAACUUAUGGCAAGGGUGGCAGCACAAGUCUACAAUACCAUGGAAGAUUUUAUAAAAUUGGGUGAAGCCGUGUUAGCACUGACUAAACAGAGGACAAACGAACAUCUGAUGAUGUCUAGUGCAGAAAAUAAUGUCCCAGCCUUUGGAGCGGAUAUUAGAAUGGAAUUUAUGUUACGUGAGAACAGCGUGUUCCUGAACCAUGGCGCGUACGGGGGCAAGCCAAGAUGUGUACAUGAGAGACAAGUCAGAUAUUUAGAAGAGCUUGAGUCGCACCCUGACACCUGGUUUCGGUAUAACAUGUACACAUAUCUUCGCAAUUCCAAGGCUAAGGUGGCAGAGUUCAUGGGUAUAGAUACCGAAGACACGUUUCUUAUACAAAAUGUUACAAAAGCAAUCAAUACAGUGAUGAAAACUUUCCCCCUGGGAUGUGAUGACGCGUUCCUGAUUUCGUCAUUAACGCACCCUGCUGUGAAAAUGACGGCUAGUGUAACGGUUGCAAGAGUGCAAGGUGCAAAGUUAUACAAGAUGGACGUCAAGUUCCCCAUCACGGAUGGCGAUUCCAUUGUAGAAAAGUAUGAUGAUUUCUUGUCUAAACACCCGGACAUAAAACUUGCUGCAUUAGAGCAUAUAUCAAGUCCAACUGCUGUUGUGUUACCUGUCAAACGUAUCGUAGAGGUGUGCCACAAACACGGUGUUGUUGUUGUCGUAGAUGCCGCUCAUGUUCCUGGUCAGCUUAAAGUAGAUAUACAAGAUAUUGAUGCCGACUUUUAUACCGGUAAUUUGCACAAAUGGGUCUUCUGUCCGCGAGCUUGUGCCUUUAUUUGGAUGAACCCACAACGCCAACAUUCUUGGUUCAAGCCACUUGUUACAGCUGCCUUCGACAAUGAUUCGUUACAUGUUGCUUUUGCAUUUGAAGGAACUAAAGAUGAUACACCCUUUAUAUGUUCUGCUGACGCAAUUGACUUCUACAAUCGUAUUGGUGGAAUGGAAAAAGUCGUUCAGUACAACUCGGCACUACUUACCAAAGGCAUUGCAUACCUGGAAGAAAAAUGGGGAACUAAGCGCUUGGCAAUACCAGAGUGCAUGACGGCACCGUGUUUGCGCGUAAUACAUCUACCAUUCAUACCAGGAUUCACGGACUGCUUGGGACAAGAAGCAACGGAAAUGUUCAGCAAAAAGAAAAGUUUGGAGCUUCAGAAACUGAUCUUGGAUCGAUUUGAUAUCCAGAUUGCGGUUCUGGCAUUGGAAGGUAAACUAAUGGCAAGGGUGGCAGCACAAGUCUACAAUACCAUGGAAGAUUUUAUAAAAUUGGGUGAAGCCGUGUUAGGACUCAGUGAACGGAAGAAAGACGAGUUUUAACAGAAUUUAUUAAACAGAAGAAACAGUUAUAUCAGGAUCACGCUAAACUAAUAUAUAUAUUUGCAAAAGAAACAUGAUUUUGAUUUAGUGAUUUUAUUUGAUGAGUUACAGUGAUAAAUAAUACAAAACGGUCACUAUUAAACAAUUAUUGCGAUUUGGUGAGGUCGAUAUGCGGAUUUAUCAGGUCGAUAAAUUCACAUAUCGACCGAACCUAAAAGGCAACAAUUAUUUUAUUAUCAAAUCCAUCCUACACAUGAGAAUAAAAAUUAAAUACCAAUA